CUUAUAUAUAGAAGACCUCCGAGCUCGGUUAUGAACAUGACGGAGUGCGUCUCGACUACAAUAUUGUCCUUCGGAGGAAGCUUUUUGAAAGAAAAAAGCCCAUACGAGAGAUGCAAAUUCGUGCACGAAAUCUACAAGGAUAUCAUCAUUCUCACCGGCUGCGACAAAAAGCCAAGCACCAAGCUACCUAGAGCUGUGAUUUUGGACUGCGUCACAAGCUCGCUUUACACAGCGACGUAUGGUGCUGGUGGAAAUCGGCUAGCUUUUAUCAUCGCAAACAAGCGAGAAGAGUAAUCGGUGCUGAAAUCACUUGGAGGCUUAGUGGGUGUCAUUGCCACUUGAAAGCGCCAUUGCGACUUCGUAUAUCGAUGGUGACCUCGACUUAGUUGUUACUCUCACAGCCGUCUUACGAUCUCCGACACAAUCUAUAUACAGUUUGACCCAGUGUCUCAGCACACUGCUGCGUCGACUCUUAUAAGACUACAACGAUCAUCUUCGGAUCCAGCAGCAAUGCGAUAUCUGAUGGGGCCUAUACUAUCACGGUCACAAUCUACGGUUCCGACGCUUUAGUUUCACGCAUUGUUCCUAAAGCUGUCCAACCUCUGCUACCGCAUCCGAAACCUCAAGCCCACUUCGAUCGAGCGACCCAGCUAUGACUAUUGCAUCGCUGAAUCUUCCAAGCAUGGCAUG